AUGACUGCGGCCAUCUCUUACCAAAUUUAUAAAACUGCCCUUCUUUUGUCUGCCUUUCUGGGUAUUGCAAACGCCCAGCAAGUCGGCACCUAUACGACAGAGACUCACCCCUCGCUGACCUGGUCCAAAUGCACCAGUAGCGGCAGCUGCACAUCGCAGAGUGGCAAGGUGGUCAUUGAUGCAAACUGGCGUUGGGUGCACUCCACCAGUAGCUCCACCAACUGCUAUACUGGGCAAACAUGGGAUGCGACUCUCUGCCCGGAUGAUGUGACUUGCGCAGCCAACUGCGCCCUCGAUGGCGCCGAUUACAGUAGCACUUAUGGUGUGACGACAAGUGGCAAUCAGCUGCGCCUGAACUUUGUCACGCAGUCCUCGAACAAGAAUAUCGGGUCUCGUCUGUACCUGCUGCAGGAUGACACUACUUACCAGACCUUCGACCUUUUGAACCAGGAGUUCACCUUUGAUGUCGAUGUCUCCCAUCUUCCGUGUGGUCUCAAUGGUGCCUUGUAUUUCGUCAACAUGGACGCUGACGGCGGCAUGUCCCGCUAUUCUACCAACAAGGCCGGCGCCAAAUACGGAACGGGUUAUUGUGAUUCCCAGUGCCCUCGCGACCUGAAGUUUAUCAAUGGCCAAGCCAACGUGGAGGGCUGGGAGCCUUCAUCCACUGACGUCAACUCUGGCAUUGGGAAUCAUGGCUCCUGCUGCGCCGAAAUGGAUGUCUGGGAGGCCAAUUCUAUCUCCAAUGCCUAUACUCCCCACCCAUGUGAUACCCCGACACAGACCAUGUGCGAAACGGAUGGCUGUGGAGGUACAUAUAGCAGCGAUCGCUACGGUGGCACUUGUGACCCGGACGGAUGUGAUUUCAACCCUUACCGAAUGGGUAACACCACGUUCUAUGGAUCCGGAGAGAUUGUCGAUACCUCUUCUACCUUUACCGUUGUGACACAGUUCAUCACAGACGAUGGUACUUCGUCUGGCACUUUGUCCGAGAUCAAGCGCUUUUACGUCCAGAAUGGCAAGGUCAUCCCCAACUCGGCAUCCACGAUCAGCGGAGUGAGCGGAAACUCCAUCACCUCCUCGUUUUGCACAGCACAAAAGACUGCUUUUGGUGAUACGGACGUAUUCAGCGAGCAUGGUGGCAUGUCGGGAAUGAGCGCCGGUCUUGCAGAAGGCAUGGUUCUAGUCAUGAGUCUGUGGGAUGAUCAUUAUGCCAACAUGCUUUGGUUGGACAGCACCUACCCAACUGAUGCCUCAUCCACGACCCCGGGCGCCAAGCGAGGCACUUGCGAUAUCUCAUCGGGUGACCCAGACACCAUCGAGACGGAGGAUGCCGAUUCCUAUGUCAUCUACUCGAACAUCAAGUUUGGCCCGCUGGGCUCGACAUUCAGCUCUAGCUCUUCCGGCUCUGGAUCGACAACCUCGACUACCUCGACUACCAAGACCACCUCGACCACCUCGACUACCAAGACCACCUCCACCUCGACAACCACAUCCUCUGGGUCGAGCAGCACGGGUGCGGCCCACUGGGCGCAGUGUGGCGGUAUUGGCUGGACUGGGGCAACUACCUGCGCCAGCGGGUAUACUUGCACCAAGCAGAACGAUUACUACUCUCAGUGCCUGUAG